UUUCCUUCUCUCUAUUUCUCCAGACUCUCCGACGUCGUAUUGCUGACCACCAUUUGAUCUUUGUACACUAAAGAUCUUCAACUUUGAGCUGAAGAACAUGUUGGAGGUAUGUGGUGGCUGUUUUAGGCUGCCAAAUGAAUUGAAACCUGAUGUUCGUCGUCAAUAUACAUAUCAUUUCAUUACCAAAGUUGGAUUUUUGUAGUAUAGGGAGGACUAAGGAGUACUAUAUUUGCCAAAGAGGAUGAGGAAAUUCUUGCGGCGAAUAAUUGCUGUUCUGAUCUUCAGAGUUAACUGGAAGAAACUCUUUGUUGUAGGCACUAUUUUAACAGUGUUUAGAGUUGUCUUUCAAAUUUAUAGUCUCCCUAAUCCUUUAACUGAAUGGAUUAGCUCUCCACCCUUGGAUGUUUCAUCUUACCAACGCCUAAUAAAUCACGGAAACAAAUCGAGGGAACUUGAACUUUCAGUAACAUCUGAUAACCAGUUGAAAAUGAGUAAGCAUGUGCCCGCGGUUGUUUUACUCAACUCUACAGCCAGAACAAACCGAUUGAUGAGAGUUAUGGAAAGACGAGCAAGACUUCUGAGGCGUAGGAGACGCAAGAAGCAGGCACGUAUAGUAGAAAAGAUUGUUUAUCCGCCUCCACCUGUUGUGCCUGAUCACUUGCAAAGAUUUAUCGCGUCGUUGACACCAAAUGAGGCACUUGCAUAUGCUAGAAGGGAGAUUGAGCAAGCUCCUAUAGUCACUGAUGAUCCAGACUUGUAUGCUCCUCUUUUUAGGAAUAUUUCCAACUUUAAAAGGAGCUAUGAGAUGAUGGAACUUCUACUCAAAGUUUACAUUUACGAUGAAGGAGACAGGCCUAUUUUCCACGAACCUCAUCUUCUGGGAAUUUAUUCGUCUGAGGGAUGGUUCAUGAAAUUGAUGGAGGAAAAUCCCUACUUUGUCACUAGGGACCCUGAGAAGGCUCACCUAUUCUAUCUGCCAUAUAGUUCACGACAGUUGCAGAUGGCAGUUUAUGUGCCUGGCUCGCAUAAUCUUAGGCCGUUGUCAGAAUUCCUGCGAGACUAUGUGAACAUGCUAGCUGCAAAGUAUCCCUUCUGGAAUCGUACACACGGAACAGAUCACUUUAUAGUUGCUUGCCAUGAUUGGGGGCCUUACAUUUUAAAGGAUCACGAGGAGCUAAUUCGAAACACUAUAAAAGCUCUCUGCAAUGCAGAUAUAUCAGAAGGAAUAUUUAAAGCUGGAAAGGAUGUUUCCCUUCCGGAGACCGCCAUAAGGAAUAUCGGUAAGCCUCUAGUAAAUGUUGGUGGAAAAAGAGUAUCACAACGCCCUAUCCUCGCCUUUUUUGCUGGAAAUAUGCACGGGCCAGUCCGUCCCAAACUCCUCAAGUACUGGAGUGACCGAGAUGAAGACAUGAAAAUUUACGGGCCUCUACCUACCAGUGUCUCAAGAAUAAUGUCUUAUCCCGACCACAUGAAAUCAAGCAAGUUCUGUCUUUGUCCAAUGGGUUUUGAAGUGAACAGUCCAAGGAUCGUCGAGGCAAUAUACUACGAGUGUGUACCAGUGAUCAUUGCUGAUAAUCUUGCCCUCCCAUUUGACGAAGUGCUUGAUUGGAGUGCUUUCUCAUUGAUAGUUUCUGAGGAAGAUAUUCCUAAGCUGAAGGAGAUUCUGUUGAGUAUACCUUUAAGACGUUAUCAGGUGAUGCAAAAUAACGUCAAGAGGGUGCAGAAGCAUUUUCAUUGGAAUGCAAUGCCAUUUAGAUUUGAUCUCUUCCAUAUGAUUUUGCAUUCCAUUUGGUCUAGAAGACUCAACCAGUUUCAAGAAUCACAGAUAUCAUAACCCCUCUCGAGUUCAUCGUGCUUUCAACUUGCCUGCAUACCUGAUUGAACAGCAACAUGAACCAUUUGCUUGAGAUGAUAUGAGAGGUUUCAUCGGUUGGUUAUUCCACUCCGUUCGUGUCUGCAAGGCUGACAACUGACAGUUCCUGAAUCCUGCAAUGCACACUAAGCAGCAGGGGAAAAGCUAACUGUCUCAGGCCUUCAGCAUUUCACACGAUUUUUCGUUAUCUUCACGAGUCUUUUCCACUGUAAGUUGAAUUUUCGCGCGGUAUAAACCAGAAGAUGCUCUCAGAAACGAGUUAACGUGUACAUAGAAAAGGAAUGUACAUUGCUGAAUAUGUUUUCAGACAUGAAGGUGGCAGUUCAAGAUGUGCACUUGAUUUUGUGUCUGUCAUAGUAACAAUGUAGAAUAUUAAUCUUGUUGCUAGUUGUAUUAAAUACAAUGUCAAAUAUUUGCCGUUUACGUAUACUAGGGAGGGGCGGAGCGAGUAGGUUCAUUUUGAAACUUCCUCGAUGGAAAG